AUGGCUACCCAGAACUCCCUCUACGAAAAAGAUGUCAGAGAGACCGAGGUCAUGACCGGCGAUGUCGUCGACACCGGUGCGAUGACUGAAGUUGUUAUUGACAAUGCCGAUCAACUUCACCGUCGCCUCAAUAAUCGGCAAAUUCAGCUCAUUGCCGUGGGAGGUGCCGUUGGCACUGCACUUUUCAUCAGCAUCGGUGGCGCCUUAACCAGGGGUGGCCCGCUGAACUUACUCCUGGCGUACACGAUCUACAGCGUCAACAUGGCUUUCGUCAAUAGCUGCAUCGCCGAGAUGACGGUCAUGCACCCAGUCUCGGGUGGUUUCGUCCGCAUGGCUGGCAAGGCUCCACAGAUCUGGGCGGAGGCCAUACUCCAUGCUACGGUCUACUGCGGUGUCCCCUCAGGUGUCGAAGCAAUGAAGACCGCAGAGAGAGUGUUCAAUGAGAUGAAGGCAGACGGUGAAAAGGAGAGAGAGCUGGAUGGACAGAUGAAAACAAAGGAGCAGCUCGACGGUUUCAGGAUCAGGUGUUGA